GUAUACGCAACUGCAAUUAACUUUCCAUGCAUUAUAACCUUGCUUGAACCCGUCUGGUGCACUGAAAUAUUAGAAUUAGGUAAAUUCGGUUGAGUUGUAAUAACUAUGCCCUGGGGUCGUGGUCAAAAAUGAUUAAAUUCUAGAAAUAAAAAACAAAUGUGCAACAAAAAGGGUUUCGUAAAUUCAUAACCCUAUCUAGAUGGAAAGAAGGGGGAGUAGCAAAAAACUUGGAUGUAGUCUACAAAUAGAACGAAUGACAUGCAAGUUAGGAAGAAUGGGAAGCAGAGAUGGGGUUGCAGAAUCAAGACUAAGGAGUGAAGGAAAUCUUGGAUCUGAGUCAAGGAUUGGAUUAGAUGAGGUUCCAGGACAGAUAUCCAGGAUCUUGUUUGGCAACAAUGGUGGCUCCUCUAGACCCUCUUAUAACCCUCCUGGAACAGGUUAUGGAGCUCCCAACUCCUAUUUUGGAGCGGAUCCAAGUCAGCCGUUCUAUUAUAAUGGAUACGUUGAUGACCUGUACUUUCUGGUAAAGCUAGGUCAGGUUGCUUUGAUCAUCUUUAUCAUCAUGGCCGUCUGUAUCAUCCUGGCUCUUAUUAUCACAUGCUGCUUCAGUCUAUUCAAGAAGAAGAAAUCAUCUGAUUCGGGCCCAAAACCUUACAUUUAUAAUUCUCAGGCUGCAGGUUACAGGGAAGGAAAAGGAGAAGGAGAAGAAGAGGCCUCUCAACCUGGUCAUGCUCCCCCGGGGGGAGUAGAUCCUGCCCGGGACACCGGGCACAGCACAGAAGAUCUUGCCCGGGGGACCGGGCUCGGGGCAGGAGGACUGGGAGACAGGAAAAAAGGAGGAUUUUUGUCCAGAUCAUCUGGGUUUGAUAAUCUUAAUUUUGACCUGGACUCUCCGUCGACUCCGAGUGGGGGUGAGAGUACGAGAGGACGGAGAAGGAGUAAGGACGGGAGCAGGAGCAAAGACGGGAGUAGGAGCAAAGACGGGAGCAGGAGUAGGGAUGGGAGCCGGGGGAAGAGUAGGAAUAAAGGGACAGUGAACAGAUCUAGUACGGAGAGUGGAAGUAGUCAGGAGACGAGUAGCGUUUCUGUUGCUCUAUCUCCUGAGCCUGUAGUUCGUCAACCCUGGAGUUCAGAAACCCAUAGACCCUGGGCCAACCCAGCUACAGCAGGUCCUAGAGACACACCGGAAACAAAACGUCCCUGGACCAACCCUUGGAACACAGGACCCAGAGCAAACCCAACCCGUCCCACCUGGAGCAAUGGUUUACCCCAACCUGAACCCAACGCUGUCCGACCAACCAAUGACUCCUUUAGUAUGUCUGACGCGAGCCAAAAUCGAUCAAUCACUUAUUAUGAAGUUCCGAUGGCUACGACAGUGAACACCUUCAGUCAGCUACCCUCCCCCCUCUCCUCUUCCUCCUCCUCCGCCUCCCCACCCCCUAACUCUCCGCCCCCGAUACCCACUACAGGCGUAAGAUACGCCACGGCGGGUAGACGGAUCAGCGGUAUUGUAUAAAAUAUUUAUAUUUAUUAUUUGUGUACAGUUAACUUAACUGACUUUACUAUACAUAACAAUAGUACUGUUUUAGUUAAAUUUUCGUGGAUUUCUUGUGUUAAUUAUUGGGCAUUUUAUUAUCAAACAAAAAGUUGCCCUAAAGAUUAAAUUAAUAUAUUUAUUUAUAACAAAGAUAUAUUAAAUGUAUAAUUGUAUUAAUCAAUAAAUU